AUGUUUCCUACUCCUACGGCUUUAAGUGUUGGUAUCCGGCGGUCAAGAUUGCAAAUUGAAGUGAUCAAAUUUUAUCGUGAAUGUUGUAAAGCUGUAAAAAGAAAACCACCGCGUAAACGUGUCGGUCGCGGACCUGCCUCAGGGCAUGGUAAAACUUGCGGUCGAGGUCAAAAGGGUCAAAAAGCGAGAGGUGGUAAUGGCAAGCCAAGACGUGGCUUCGAAGGCGGUCAGACUCCCAUUAGUGUAGCAUUUCCAAAACGUGAUUAUUUGAAAACCCCAAUUACAAUUGAGGUCGCCCGUGCUUCUCAAGCGGCAAUUAAAGCUAUUGAGAAAGUUGGUGGUAAGAUUACCUGUAGAUAUUAUAACAGACUUGCUUUAAGGGCUACUAUAAAACCAGAGAAAUUUUGGAAGAUACCAAAAUUUGCUGCUCCAGUCAAAGCAAAGGAUAUCGAGUUAUAA